CAAAGGCGGUCGUGUGUUGUGUGUUUAUGUAGAAGUUGAACGUGUGAGAAUUCUGUUCAAUCGUGAUGACCACUCAUACUAUAAUAGACAAUAAUGAUGCACUUUCAAUCAACAAAGGCAUACGGGAACUUUUAGAGCACGCUGGUUUUGAGAGCUAUCCUUUUAAGGUUUCUUGGUACAAUAAAUCGGUAGAACCAGUGUUCCACCUUGGCUAUCAUGGAGAUACUUUGGCAUUCAUUAUCAUCAGCACACCCAAUAUGUAUGAAAAUGCAUUCAAGCCAUUUGUCACCAGAAGUAAAUGCCUAGGAGUAAGAGAUCCAAUUGAUGAAUGUGUUGCCCAUCACUUCGACCAAGUAAAAAAUCUAUUUUCUGGUGAGAAGAUCACUUGUAUUCACGACUUUGAGCUCACUCCAACAAGGCGACCUAAGAUACUAGUGCAGACUGCCAGCCAUAUCGCAGGAGCUGCAUAUUACUAUCAGAGGAAUGAUGUGAAAGAGCAGCCGACCAGAUGGGAUAAGAAAUCGAGGAUAUAUGGAGUGUGCAUUCAUCCAAAGUGGGGUGGCUGGUUUGGUCUGCGUGGUGUUCUAAUUUUUGACAAUGUCCAGUGCCCUGAGCUGUCUCAAACAAUCCCCCCGGAUGUGGUUGACACAGAUGCGAAAAAGAUCGAACUGCUUGAACGGUUUAAUAACAACUGGCAGGACUGGACUUUCCGGGAUAUAAUUCCACCUGACGGCAGAUAUUCGGAGGAACAGAAGCUAUACUUUGCAACAGCACCAGCUGAGAGGAAGAAACUUCUUGGAAUCGAGGAAUUAUCCUAGACAUGUGUAGGAUGAGAAAUGUUUUUAUGUAGGUUAUUUUAUAUUUAAUAUGAGAACCAGUUCUGUACUGUGUUAAGGAGGCAUGUCGUUUAUUUUUGUGCUAUUGGGUCGUAUUGAUCAUAAGCAUUCGGUAAGUUAGGUGCUUUGGUUGCUCUGAUAAUCUUUGUUAAGGAAAGCUACCUUGCUGUUGUGGGUGAAGUAGUUAGCCUUACACCAUGAUUGCCCAAGGGCAAGGCCAUGGUAGGACUACGGCAAAUAGCAUGUAGUACCUCUAGUCAUAUGUUCUGUCACAGAUUUUUUGUUGGAGUUCUAUGUGACUCUAUUUGCUUACCAUUUAUCUCAUACGAGUCAUAGCAACUAGUAUAAAUUUCUGGUUGGACUAAAAGAACUUCUUCAUGUUCCGACAACAGGGUAGCCAGCUGGUGGGAAUACAUAUCUAAUUUAAAUGGCAUGCAAAUGAAUACUUACAGAGUGAACUAAUAGUAGCUUAUGACUCAGGUACCAUUAGGAUUGUUUGAGGAAUCCAUUGAUGAAUUGGAAUCUCCUAGAGGAUGAUGGUCUCUUAAUAAAUAUCAAGAAAAUGUGGGUGUGGUAGGUAAGGGGUCUAUCCAAUGCUGGAGGAAAAUUAACAGUGGUUCUUAAAUCUUGUUGGCUGUGACAAAAAUUAUAGUAGAAGACCUUGUAUUUUUAUUCUUGCACUUGCCACUAUUGCUCUAUAAGUAAAAUACAAGGCAGUCACUGAAGAUCAUUAGCAUAGUAUAAUCACUUGGCAAUGCAGGUGUUAAAAAUCACUGAAAUCUCACCCUGGAAUUUGAUUUGCAAAAUAUAAUAAAAAUGGUUAUGGCUAAUCAUUA